AUGGAAGAAGCUAAAGGCCUCCUCUCCAGCUCCCUCUUCCAUAAUGUGUCCCGCUCUUGUUUUCUCCGUUGCUCCUUCACGUUUUACCUGACACAUGUUCCUCUUCUCUCUCUACAGUCGUUUCAAGGCAGCCAAGGGCGAGCCUAUCUCUUUAACUCAGUAGUGAACGUGGGAUGCGGGCCAGCGGAGGAGCGGGUUCUCCUCACAGGUUUACACGCUGUGGCGGACAUUUACUGUGAAAACUGUAAAACAACCCUCGGCUGGAAAUACGAACACGCGUUCGAGAGCAGUCAGAAGUACAAGGAAGGGAAGUUCAUCAUUGAGUUGGCGCACAUGAUCAAGGACAACGGCUGGGAGUGACGCUGCCGCCAGGCACUCCCCUUUUCUUUUCUUUUCUUUUCUUUUUUUGGAUUCUUUGACCUUUUGAAUGCUCUCCAAUGAACUGUGUGGAGCAACAACCAUCGAC